UGACGUCUCCGUUUCCUGCUGCAGGUCUCUCUGCUGACCUCCUGAGCUCCUCACCUGCUCCGGUCUGCAUGACCUUCACCAUCAGAUGAAUACACAGACAACAGAAGUCUAUAUGACCUUGAUGAUCAACAAACUGAACGGCUGAUCCAAUAUGCCGAGACCCCAGAAGUCAAAGGUUCCACCAUCCACAAGUCAUACAGGAAAGAGAAAGUCAGAUCUUCAGGGUGAGUCCACUGAAGGGCAAUCACCCCAGAAACAACCACAGGAAAAUGGACCACAACCAGACAGAGAAGCAGUCAUACUGUCUGAGGUGGAACAGAUCAUGGACUGUGUCUUGAAGAAACUGCCUUGCCAAGAUGACCAACACAACUCAAAGCUGAGUACCUACCUGAGGACUAAAAUCAAUGAUUUGAAGAAAGACAAGAGGGAACUGGUCGGUGUUUUUGGCAGAACUGGGGCUGGAAAGAGCUCGUUGAUAAAUGCCAUCAUUGGAGAGAAGAAUCUGUUGCCUACGGGAAGCAGCAGCGCUUGUACCACAGUCAUGAUUAAAGUGGAAGCUAACAUGCAAAACUCAAAGUAUGAAGCAGAGAUUAAGUUCAUAAAACCAGAGGAGUGGGAAGCAGAGAUGUGCUCAAUGAAGCAGUGUGUUAUGGAUCACAAUAAAAAACAGAAAGAUGAUGAUGAUGAUGAUGAUGAGUAUUCUGAAGCUGCUGAAAAGCUCACCGCACUGUAUGGAGAAGAGUGGAAAGGCACAUUCCCUGAAAAUCCUCUGGAUAUCAAAUAUUUCAAAGAAAUUAAAGAAUUCCUCCAACCCCAACCCCAACCACAACCCCAAUCCCAACCCCAACCCCAACCACAACCACAACCCCAGAAGAAGACUCUGUCGUAUAAAUCAGCUGAAGCUCUCUCUACAAAUUUAAUCAAAUACACAAGAAGUUCCUUAAACAGCCAACAUAAAGGAAAAAAGAGGUGGUACUGGCCACUGGUGAAGUGUGUGACUGUCAAGGUGCCAAAAAAAGAUCUUCUCCAACACGUCACACUGGUGGACCUUCCAGGAAGUGGAGACUGUAACAAGAGCAGAGAUACAAUGUGGAAGAAGAUUGUUGCAGAUUGUUCUACUGUUUGGAUUGUGGCUGAAAUUAAACGAGCAGCAAGCGAAAAAGAACCCUGGGAGAUCUUGAAGAGCACCUGCAGCCUCCUGGGAAACGGUGGCCAGUGUCAGAAAAUUCACUUCAUCUGCACCAUGUCUGAUUUUAUUGAUGAUGAGUCUGAAGAUGUUGUUCAUGCUCGCAUAGUUAAAAGAAAUAAGGUGGUCAAGAAAGGAGUCAUCGACAAAUUUGCCAAUCUAAAGCAGGUCAAGAACCGCUUCAGUGAGGACUGCUUCAGCGUGUUCACAGUGAGCUCCAAAGAGUUCCUGAGAAAGAAACAUCUAAAUCCAGAGGACACUGAAAUACCAGAACUUCAGAGAUUUCUGAAAGAUCUCAAUGACUGUCAUUCAGAGACGUUUAACUAUGUGUCUGGAGCUUAUGGGAUUCUGUCUUUGAUGCAAGGAGCCAAGUCUACAGAAGAGGCUGACAAGAAAACUGAUGUGUGUGCACAACUUGAAAAGAAUCUAAGAGAUCAACUUGCUCCAAUCGAGAAAGCAGUGGAUGUAGUUUCCGAGGCUUUUAAAACAAGCCUUCUUGAGGGGGUUAAAAAAUCCAAAAGUUCAUGUGAAAGAGACGUGAAGUCCUUCUUAUAUCCUCCGACGUCUCUUGGUUUUCACAACACGUUGAAGGCUGUUGUUAAGAAAGGUGGCGUCCACACAACGGUGAAAGGAGAAUACAUAAACCUCAACAAGAUGUUAGCUUCAUACCUGACAGACAGCAUCGAUGAGAAGUUCAGGAAGACCUUCCCAAAUGAAGACAUAAAAGGAUCAUUCAACAGCGUCAUCAGCAAGUUUUCCCUGGACACAGAGAAACUAAUGCAGAAGAACCAAAGUCUGAAACUGCAGCUGAUAUUUCUCAUGACAGAGGAAGAAAUCAUUAAGAUGAAACUGAACAACAUCAUCCAGCGCCGUAAGAAAACAAUCUACAACAGUCUGACGGAGACAAUAGAGGAAAACAUGCAGAAGUGCUAUGAAAAAGCAGCAGCAUUCAGUGGAGGUGAACCAUUGAAAAACAUGAGAGAGACGAUUGAACAACAUGUACGUGACUCAAAAGACACGAUGUUUGAAGAGGCUAAAGCUGCCAUGUUGGAGAAGCUGGAUGACUUGAAGGAGGAAAUCCUGAAGACGCUGCAGGAAACCCUGAAGGAAUCCAUUGAGCACUCACUGAAGACAGAUGACACCUCAAUCCCAGAUGUUCUAGCAGAACUUGAGGAGGUGAAGAAAUACUACAAAGAACUGAAACGCAGCUCAAAAGAAUAGAUGUCACUAAUUGUUCCUCCACCAGUGGACAGAAGCAGCAGAGGUCUGGUCUUCUCUGAACAUCUCUGAGGGACCACUGAGUCACCACGAUGCUCUGGGUCUGGUCUCAACCACUUUGGUCCAGUUGGUUCCGAUGUCCUGUUCAAUGCUUCAGUUUGAUUUGUUCUUUGAUUUUGUUUUUAUUGUUGUGAGUUUUUCUUUUACUUUUAUUGAUCAUAGUGAUGAAAUGCAAAGAGCCCUGGUUGGAUCUGAACCAGAGACGUUGUGGUUUUCACCACACAGCUAUAAACCACAGAACAUGUUGAUUCUGAGGACUUAAGAGGUUUUUUACUGUUUUCUAAUCACAUAUUUUCCUGUUUUAUGAGUCUGGUGUGGGUUCAUGGGGAUGCGAGCUCUGCAGAUUCAGGGUUUAUAUCAAUGUGUGUAAAUUGAACCUUGAACCUUGAAUACAGCUCAAACUGCAGGUUUGAUAUCAGAUCAGCUUUAGUGACACUGAAUUACUGCUUUGCUUCAAGUUCAAGGACCUGAGGUUUGCACCAAAGGGAUCAAUAAAGUUCUAUUCUAUUCUAGGUAUGGGCUUAAUGGGAGAUAAUGUUGGCGAUCACAUGGUCAUCAUUUAUUAUAUUGUUGUGUUAUUGUGCAUAUAAUCUACACUUAUUCUCAAAUCAUGCGUGUUUCUGAUGAUACAUUUAUUCCUGAGCCGUGAACACAGCUCAACCUGCAGGUUUGGUAUCAGAUAGAUUUUAGGCUUUGACAAGACAGAUCAUUAAUCACCAGUUUUCCUGAGAGUUCAAGGAAAUCUUCACUGCAUGCAGAUUAUACAUGAUCCAAUAAACACUGAGUCAAACUGUA